UAUUCAAUCAUUCCCACCUCUCUUCUUUAUACCUGAUGGAUUUUGCUCAGUCUAGUGUUGGUUUCCAGAUUUGCUGUCAUGACUGAAUGACCUGGUCAGGAUGUGGAGGAUCUGAACUGAUGUACUGCUGGUAAAACAGUGAGAGAACGGACCGGACACAUCCAGCAACAGCACCAGGACUGAACCUCAGCAUCACUUCACCUGUAUAAAUAACGUAUGGAUCAGUGUGAAAACGCUCUGAACAUGCCGCUCUGUAACAUGACCGAUAUCUGGAACCCCAAGAAGCCUCCCGUGCGGCAGGUCGCCACCCUGUCCUCACUGUAUAACCUCGACCUGAACUCCCGCUCCUUAGAGCUCGGCCUUCAGGCCGGCCCCCCGACCCUCAAGCUCGGAAAUCACUCCAUGCUCUUUAAAAACGGCCGGUGGAGAUGUGCCGAGUGCGCUGAGAAGAUUCGGUUACGGUCCAGAAUUGACGGGUUGCGCAGAAGGCUGAAGGACCUGGAGGAGGAGAACAACAUGCUGAAGCUGCGUCUGGAGGUUCUGAAGGACAUGAUGGUCGAUGUGAUGGUGGAUAAGAUCAUACUGGAGAGGGAGCUCAGUUCUCACUGGUGCAGACAAACCAUGCCAGGACGUUCAUCACGCUAAGAUUUUAUUGUGUUGGUCAUCCGAGAGCGUCUGAAACUGGACAUAGCAGUAAAGCCAGUAAACACAUUUACACCAGUUUAACUGAAGUAACUAAAA